CCCUUUUCUCGAUAUAAAAGAGCUCUGGCAAGUUGUAAAUUGGCACUGAUUGUUAUGUGCAUGACCCGAAAGAUUUGGAGAGCGAGGCUUCCUUGUGAGGCUGAGAGAACUGCUGUCUCGAAUGUGGGCGCCUAGCUGUCAUCCGUCGAUGUGAGUGGACGCAAAACUUGCAUGGCUUUGCGGAGAUUCAACCCUGCAUGAGGAUGCAUGGGCCAACGAAAGACAUGGGCUAUAAAUCAUGGCUCGUUCCCCGCGCAGGGCACCCGCAAGGCUCUGAGUAGAGACAUGACACUACUUAUAAUAGCCACGACGAAGUUUCGGAUUUGACGAGCCCGGCUAUGUUGAUGACAGUAUUGCCCACCAUCGAUUUGACGACCGCUUCUGUUGUUACUGUGUUCUGCGGCGAGAGUCGUGCUACCAAAUACUAGCGGAAUUCAUACGACCAAAUGCUAUUCGCAAUAGCCCCCUUCGAUGGACAGAAGAAUGCCUAUACAGUCGGCGGCUGAAGAGUACUUUCAACACAAUCAUAGGCUCGUGCAAAGACAUCGCAACGGACAGCUGUUUGCGGGCCCCAUCGAUUCUCAGUAUGACUACCUAACGACCUACUUGAAAGAAUGGGUCUCGAGCCCACUUCAGUCACUUAUUAUGGUCCAUUACCCGAUUCUAGCAGAGGAGUCCCUAAAAGGCCUCUGUGUGGAUCUAGUGGGGAAGUUUAAAGAAUGCAACAUUCCUGUUAUUUGGUUGAUGCGUGGGCCUGAGACCCCACCGAAGGAGCCCAUAACGACACACCUUCUAAGGUCUUUAACAAUGCAAGUAAUGCAGCUUCCUGGAUUUCUAGGGCAACCGGAGGCCAUUGAUCUAAUGAACGAGAGCGAGAGCUACUGGUAUCUGUAUUUGGGCGCUGUUCUUGCACAGUUCGAGAAUAUCUUUAUUGUUAUCGACUCCACUGUGCUGAGUUCUGGACCACUGAUUAGUGGCAACCCCUGGAUUACAACGCUUUUAAUUAUCUGCGAAAAUCACCGUCAGAGGUUUAGUGAAUAUAGAUAUCCACCUGAAGUAGGUGUAAAAGUAGCUCUAGCGAUUCGUGGUCGUGGCGAACGUGGGCUAGGGCCACCUGGACCGCAAUGGGAAGACCACUGGUCAUAUGUCGAUAUCGCCCGGGAAGAGGAAAGCUCGGAACAGCGAACUGUUCGUCGGACCGGAAACUGGCUACUGGCAGAAGUUAUCGAAGCGUAUAACGAUAGAAUUACGGGGAGGUCUAGUAGGAACAGCACGGGACAACCGUCGGUCCCACCAUCCCGAAAUACCGUUGCGGAACCAGUCAAAGUAUUCCCUGGGUCAUCAUUUGGGCCCCCUACUAGAACUGGUGCGCCCAAUUCUCAACCUAGAGCCGUCAAGUCUCCAUUUGUUGGAAUUUACCCCAGCGAAACAGUGGAGCAGCGGGACGAACUUGAAUGGCUAAACCAGGAGUGGCGGAGGAAGGUUUGGGCGAGCCACGACGAAGAAGAAAGAUAUGCCAGAGAGAACCAGAGAGAAAGAGAAAGAUACCGCAGGGAGCGCAAUAGGGACUCCCUUACACGGUAUAAACAAUACGAGGAACAUUACUUCAGCGGGCGCGAGAGGGAGCGCCCGGCGUCCCGGCAAGAAAAUGAAGAAGCGGAACGAUAUCUUAGGAGGCGCGACAUGGAACUCCUUGCACAACGGCCAGUCGACAGGGCAGAGAUGCAGAUUGCGGAAGGUCCCUCGUCGACUCUGCGCCACCAUUCUAGCGCAUAUAGCCUACAGACCCAGCCCAACUCUAAUAGCAUUAUGUUUCCGAUUAGUACUCAGCCAGGCCCUAGUACGACCAGUUCAAACCUAUCACCGUACAAUUUUAGUGCAGAUAACCUCGGGAGACUAAGUCUGCAGGAUCUCCGGCAGUCUUCCGAUGUCCGACCUAUCGCCACUCAAGUGCCCCGUUCUCAAUUUCCUACUGCAUUCUCACAGCAAUCUCAAGAACAGCCCGCAGGAUCUCAGCAAACCUCAUCAACAACGAAACUCAUAUCACACAAAGCAGAUGUGUUAGUUUCAAACUUUGAGCUGUUCGAUAACCAAAAGCCGUCAGGAGAUGCCGCCGACAAAGCCGACAAAGCCGAUGUGUGGUUUAAGUAUCUUAGAGAUAGGGUUCACCCAGCCAUGCCACCCAUUCCAAAGAAGGAAGACAGGAUCGGAAUCGCAGUUUUAGAUACAGGCAUCUACAUGAAGGACGAUUUCAUUGACCUGAAAGAGAAUCGCACGCGAGUAACCUACCAGUCAUUCGUGACUGGAGAUACAAGCCCAAAAGAGCCCAGCGACCUUGUUGGCCAUGGCACUCAUGCUGCUGGGUUGCUGCUUUGUGUGGCACCAAAUGCGGAAAUCUAUGUGGCAAAGAUCUCAGACACAGACGGGAUUCACGUCCCCCAAGAAAUUGCCAACGCAAUACGACAUGCAGUAGAUAUUUGGCACGUCCACAUUAUUAGCAUGUCUUUUGGCUUCGACGAGUUAACGCUAGAGCGCGACUGUAUUAGAUCUGCAAUACUUCACGCUCACUAUAAAGGAACAGUGCUGUUUGCAGCGGCGCGCAACAAUGGUGGUCUCAAGCAGAUCGCAUACCCAGCUAGCGAGACUGAGGUUAUAUGCAUCAAUUCCACUGAUGGCGAAGGGAAUCCCUCAUCCUUCAACCCUUCAUCUAAAAAUGACAAGAACUUUGGCACUGUCGGCGAAGCCGUGUUAUCCUCGUGGCCGCAUAGCGGUAAAAAACGUAUGACUGGCACCUCGUUUGCAACUCCCAUCGCAGCUGGGAUAGCAGCAUUUACUAUGGAUUUUAUGGAGCAGAAGAAGAAGGGUUGGUCGGAACACGACCAAUAUGUCGCAGCAAGGAUUAAGAGAAAUAGAGGCAUUAUUGCAGUUUUUGACAAACAUCUCUCAGAUCUAAGGGUUGAUUUUCGAUUCCUCUGCCCAUGGCUGUUUUUUGAUAAAGAUGAAACCGGGCUUGAUAGGGCAAUAUUAAAAACUCUUAGAAGAUACGCUUAAUGCACAAUUUCGGUUCUAAAUGAGUUUUUAUAGUUUAAAAAUCUAAAAACAUCGUCCUAGAAAAUAAU